UAGUGUACCCGAAUCAAUGUCAUUGGUGAGUUCACCCACCAGAGUCGUUUGUGAGAGAGUGAUGAUCGCCAAAGCCGAGACCAGAGGCGUGAUGGAAGAUAUGCAAACUCGGAAGAAAGAAGAGGAGGAGGAAGGUCCUCCUCCGGGAUGGGAAUCUAUCGUUCUUCUUCCUCCUCCUCCUCCUCCGAUCUCCGCCGUCACCACCGCCGAGAACUCCACUACCACCACCUCCACCGUCGAAAUUCCCGAGAAGGCGCAAAUGGUGUGUGGAUCUUGCAGGCGUUUGCUUUCGUAUCCACGAGGAACCAAACACGUCAAGUGCUCUUGCUGUCUGACUCUUAAUCUCGUUCUUGAAGCUUACCAGGUUGGUCAGGUGAAGUGCAGCAAUUGCGAAUUGCUCCUGAUGUAUCCUUAUGGAGCUCCAUCUGUCAGAUGUUCCUCCUGCAAAUCUGUCACAGAUAUCAGAGAAGACAACAAACGACCUCCGUGGUCUGUGCAGCAAGGACCGCUCAAAACUUUAAGCAGUGUCCGAUGAGGAGACUAAGACUUAAACCGUGUUUCCUUUUUCCAAAUUUUUGGAUCGUUUUGGUCAUAAUGUUUUAAAGAAUAGUAUAAUUUAAUGAAACAAAUCAUCUUCAAUAAUCAUUGAGUUUAGUA